AUGGAAAAUGAACAAUUUGGAAGUAACGAAAUAAGAAUAGAUAAUGAAGGUGUUAGAGAUAAUGAAGGUAUUAAAGAUGAAGAAGGUGUUGGAAAUGACAAAGGUGUUGAAGAUGACAAAGGUAUUAAAGAUAACAAAGAUGUUGGAGAUGACAAAGGUGUUGGAGAUAACGAAGGUGUUGGAGACAAUGAAGGUGUUGAAGAUAAUGAAGGUGUUGUAGAUGACAAAGGUGUUGAAAACAAUGAAA